CACAUACAACCAUUUUCAAGCUUGUAAUAUGCAAUACAUCAAAGCAUCAUCCAUGCGUACGCCCGGUCUUGGGUUCUUAGUCCUAAUUUCGCAGCCACAGCGCCACGUACGACUUCCCGUACGAGAGCUGGGAGCUAAGGUACUAGAUAAGCACGAUCCAGCAUCGUAACCCAUUAUUAAGUAUUUUUCCACCUUGAAUUCAUAUUGAAGCUGUACGCUACAUCCCGCGGGGUUUCAUUUACUCCACCUACUCUUCAGCCUCACCUCCCUCUUCUCUCAAACAAAGCCCCACCAUGUCGACGCCGAAAUCUCCAGCUUCAAAACCCGCACGUCACCGGUUCCCACUGAUUAUAAGGUUGUUCAAACCGAGUGACUAUAGAAUAUCGACCUGGUUACUGCUAGGCGGUACUCUUCAGUGCCUUCUUCUAGCAGCGCUCCCCAGAAACAUCGCUUUCCUCCCUCCGAUUCUUCUUCUUGCAUUCAGAGCCCUGCGCGGCUAUCUCCAGGCGACAGGAUACCUUCAUAACCCGCUAACAGAUGGCGUGAAUUACGGGCGUUCAACUUCACAGUAUCCGUCUGCCGACGGUACGGAUGCAGUCAAGCCUUCCCAGGACACGAUCGUUAUCCUCUUGCUCUGUGUAUCGUUUUCGCAUCCGAACGGGGCGUUCUCGCAUGGUUCACCGAUAAUAGGAAAGUAUUUCAGGCAGAUGUGGCGUGAUGCAAAUGCACAGAGAGAAAAAUACGGUUAUCUAGGCAACAUGCCUCCGCUCGUGGUCGAGAAAGACAAAUCAGAAACGUACGGACCUCGAAACGGCGACGACCAGGGCAAAACAAUGGUGUUUAUCAGUUACUGGAAGACGCUCGACGGACUGCACUCAUUCGCGCACUCAGAAGCGCACAUGAAGGGCUGGCUGUGGUGGGAUCGCGGUGCGGGAGCAAAGUAUAAACAUAUCGGGAUUGGGCAUGAGGUUUAUGAGGCUCCGGCGGGCCAUUGGGAGAAUAUAUAUCACAAUUUCAGGCCGUUUGGACUAGCAAACGCGAAGUUUCCUGUAAACACUGAGGGAGAGAAGGAAGGGGAGGGAAAGGUGCGAUGGGUAAGUGGGCUGAGGCCUGUGACGGGGAAAGAGUGGAAGGGAAUGGAAGUAAGAAUGGGAAGAGCACCGGGAAGGGUAGAAUUAGUGAAAGCAGCACCGUUAUAAUUGCUGUUCGGAAGUGGUUAAGGUUGGAGGAUGAAUUAGGUUGGUCGUACUAAUGUCUACAAUUCAGUGGUCGACACUCAAGCAUAGAACCUCUUUUCG